AUGUCGUUUCUAACGGAAUAUUUCGAUGAGUAUCGCCAGCAUCCUAUUCGGAAAACUCAAAUAUGUCGUCCUGAGCACAGAUGGGCUAAAUUGGAAGGAAAAUGGUUGGACCCUAAAAUGGGAUCAGAAGAUAAAGCAUGGACGGAAGAAGAAAUACAACAGUUUAUAAAGCAAACUAUGAAGAGCUUACGUGGGCAGUCCACUUAUUUCAACGAUUACUGCGCACAUCUUUCACCCGAAUUCAAGACCAGACCAUUCAAACCUCGCGAGAAAAAGCGUCCAACGUGUAAGUCUGAAGUUGUGAUAGACGACACGCCGCCGCCACCAAGUCAGAAGCUGGCCAUCAAAGACACGGAGCUGAUGAAGGUGGCGCGGGAGUUGUACGAGCGAGAUAUGGACAAACCGACACUAGAACCUUUACCUACGCAUUUGAGGAUUCUCGGUUACGUACGACCAUGUCUUUACAAAACUGGCGUAAGCGAGUACCAGGAGAGCAUAGCUCGGUUGGCGUAUGAGAUGAUACGUGAUGAUCGUAUCCCUCGGUACUUCGCGCACAAUGGCUGCCGGCCGCGCUGGGGUCUUCCGCCCGAGGGUACCAGGCAACCAGAACUUGACGGAGCUCCAUAUGAUGGAGAGAGAUUGUACUAA